CGCGCCAGUUGCUAUUCACGCGUCACGUACGCGUCUAAUUAACGCCUAGAAUCGGUAACGAUAAGUAUAUAUAUUACAUACGACUCAUGCGCCCUCUUAUGCAUACACGUACCCCACAUAUCCUUUCAUUCUGAUUCCGCCUUCGUCUUCGUCUUCUUCAAUUGCACCAGUGGUUCUGCUUUGACAAAACAAUGGGAGACAGGCACCAAGAGGGUGACAAAGGGCUCUUCUCACAUCUUGCUCAUGCAGCCGGUGGAUAUCCUCCAGGACAAUACCCUUCACAGGGCUAUCCACCACAAGGAUAUCCACAACAAGGUGGCUACCCACCAGCAGGAUAUCCACCUCAAGGCGGUUACCCACCUCAAGGCGGUUACCCACCUCAAGGCGGUUACCCACCUCAAGGCGGUUACCCACAAUCAGGAUAUCCACCACAAGGCGGCUACCCACCAGCAGGAUAUCCCCCUGGUGCCUACCCACCAGCUGGUUAUCCUGGUUCCUCCGCUCCACAGCAUGGUGGGCAUGGAGCUGGCAUGGGAGGGAUGCUAGCUGGGGGUGCUGCUGCUGCAGCGGCUGCUUAUGCUGCCAACCAGAUGUCGCAUUCACAUGGCGGUGGUUAUGGACAUGGCAGUGCUCCUUAUGGACAUGGCAGUGCUUCUUAUGGACAUGGUGGUGGUUACGCCCAUGGUGGUGGUUACGGCCAUGGAAAGUUUAAGCACGGCAAGCAUGGGAAAUUUGGCCAGCAUGGAGGUCAUGGAAAGUUCAAAAAGUGGAAGUAAUUCUGUCCGUAAACCAGAUUGAAACAUAUGUGUUGAGUGUUGACUCUAUAGUUGUUGACAUAGUUGCUGAUUCUGGUUUUUCACAAAUAAAAGUAAACCCUUUCUGUGUCCAGUUGGCCUUUGUUGGCUGUUCGUUCUGGCAUUGUUUGUAUUAUGGAUAAUUUUUGCCGUAACAGUCGUAUACGCCUUCUGAUA